AUGACCAGCACCAUGGUUCCCGACAAGUACCGUAACCCUCCGCAGGCGCCGCCGCUGUUCACCGCCACCCCCGAGUCGAUUGCGGCCGACACGAAGAAGCUCUGCGACGUCACCAAGAAUGUCCUAGACUCGGUGGUUGCCGAUGUUCCCGCCGACAAGGCUACCUUUGCCAAAGCUCUUGAGCCUAUCCUGCUGGACGAGAACUUGGCUGCCACCCAGCGACGCAUCUUGACUUUCUAUCACCAUGUUUCCACCAACAAGGAACUGCGAGAUGCCUCCACCGAGUCUGAGAGAGUCUUCAAUGACUUUGGAAUUGAGUGCAACAUGCGAGAGGACGUCUUCAAGGUCGUCGACGGAGCCUUCGCGAACCGAACUUCUGAAGAUCUGAGCAAGGAACAGCUGCAUGUCCUCGAGAAGGAACGACAAAAGUACAUCCGAAACGGUCUGCGUCUUCCUGCCGGCCCCAAGCGAGACAGAUUCAAGGAGAUCCAGAAGCGCCUGAGCGAGCUCGAGAUCCAGUGCCAGACCAACCUCAACGAGGAGAAGGGUGCUAUCUGGUUCACACCCGAGGAGCUUAAGGGUGUCCCUUCUGAUGACAUUGACAUUGACUCUCUCGAGAAGGGAACUGGAGAGAACGAGGGCAAGGUCAAGCUUUCCUUCAAGUACAACCACUACUUCCCCCUCAUCAAGCACGCCGUCAACGCCGACACUCGCCGCAAGUACACCAUUGCGGAAUCUAACAAGGCCAACAUCAACGUGCCAUUGUUCCAGGAAGUCAUCACCCUCCGAGAUGAGGCUGCCCGACUUCUGGGAUACGAAAACCAUGCAGCCCUCCGGAUCGAGGAGAAGAUGGCCAAGGGCCCUGGAGCUGUCAGAGAAUUCCUGGACGAUCUUCGAACUCGGCUGGCUGAGGGCGGAGCAAAGGAGAUUAACAAGCUUUUGGAGUACAAGAAGAAGGACCUUGAGGAGCGUGGCCUCCCAGUUGACGACAACUUCUUCAUGUGGGACACAUCCUUCUACUCGCGUAUUCAGAAGGAGAAGGAGUACAGUGUCGAUGAGACUAAGAUCUCCCAGUACUUCCCGGUUGAGUCGACAUUUGCUGGCAUGCUCAAGAUUUUUGAGGAAAUCUUUGGCUUCGUUUUCGUUGAGCUCAAGCCUGAUGAGCGAGCUCGACUUAGCCCUACUGGCAAGGCCGAGGAUAUUGUGUGGCACGAGGAUGUCUUGAUCUACAGUGUGUGGGAUGACGAGGCUUCAGGUGGCAACUUCUGUGGCUACCUGUACCUGGAUCUGCAUCCCCGUGAUAACAAGUAUGGCCACAAUGCCAACUUCAACCUUGAGCCAGGCUACAUCGCUGAGGAUGGCAAGAAGCACUACCCUGUUACUGCUCUUGUCUGCAACUUCAGCAAGCCUUCCCCUAAGAAGCCUUCGUUGCUCAAGCAUCAUGAGGUUGUGACCCUGUUCCACGAGCUGGGCCACGGCAUCCACGACUUGGCUGGACGUACCCGCUACAGCUACUUCCAUGGAACUUCUACCGUACUGGACUUUGUCGAGGCACCUUCUCAGAUGCUUGAGAACUGGUGCUGGACUCCUAGCGUGCUCAAGUCGCUCUCCAAGCACUGGGAGACUGGCGAACAGAUCCCCGAUGAGCUGAUUGAGAAGCUGGUUUCCACCAAGCGCCUCAACUCAGCCAUUGGUGCUCUGGGUCAGCUGACAAUUGGCAUUUUCGACAUGACUGUGCAUACGCCCGAGUCUCACGAAGCGGUCAAGCAGCUGAACGCUGGUCGGCUGUGGAACGAGCUUCGACACAACAUCUCCGGAACCAAGGGCCCUGAGGACCUUGGACAAGGCCUCGAAUGGGGUAACCGACAUGCUGGUAUUGGCCACUUCAUUGGUGGAUAUGAUGCCGGCUACUAUGGCUACCUCUACUCUGAGGUGUUCUCUCUCGACAUGUUCCACUCGUUCUUUGCGAAGAACCCUAUGAACGGUGAGGAAGGCCGCCGAUAUCGCCACACGGUCCUGGAGAGGGGUGGCAGCAUUCCCGAGAUGGAUUUCUUGAAGGAGUUCCUGGGUAGAGAGCCUAGCUCAGAGGCUUUCUACAAGGAGCUUGGACUUUCGUCAUCUACUUAA